GAUGGCGAGAGGGAGUCGGAGCCUGCGGAGAGUCGCCGAGUGCUUCAGCAGACUUCCGAGCGGUGCAAGUCGAGAAAUCCAUCCCAAAAACAACGUCAGAUACCUGUCGUCAUGCGGGAUCCUGAUGACGCGGGCGCCGUCGCUGCUGGGCGCCGCGAUGCCCGCCCGUGGAAUGGUCCUGCCGGCGCGCAGCUUCUUCAACCUGGCUGAUUCAUUCUCCAAAAGAAAGGAAUACUCAGAGAGACGUGUCAUCGGGUAUUCCAUGCAGGAGAUCUAUGAAGUGGUGGCUGGAGUGGAAAACUAUCGCCUCUUUGUCCCCUGGUGUAAGAAGUCGGACGUGGUGUUCAAGCGAGCUGGCUUCUGCAAGGCCAAGCUGACUGUGGGCUUUCCGCCAGUGGUGGAGAACUACACUUCUCUUGUAACCACGGUGCGCCCCCACCUGGUCAAGGCUUCCUGUUCUGAUGGUAAAAUCUUCAACCACUUGGAAACAGUGUGGCGUUUUAGCCCCGGGCUGCCAGGUUACCCUCGUACCUGCACCGUGGACUUCGCUAUCUCCUUCGAGUUUCGUUCCCUCAUCCACUCCCAGCUAUCUCACGUCUUCUUCGACGAGGUGGUCAAACAGAUGGUUUCUGCUUUUGAGCGCCGGGCGUCGAAGAUACACGGAGCCGAGACGCCCAUUCCUCGUGAGCUCAUGUUCCACGAGGUCCACCACACGUAACAUCCCACCACUGCACACACGCCGAGAGACUAACCAAAACCAGCCGUGCCUUUCUCACCGACCAAGUUCUAACACCUAUCAACUCCCUGGUUAAGAAACAGGUGCUAGAGACAGUCUUUUCCAUUACACAAAGAUUAACCAAAAAAAGUCACCAUGCUGGUUCGUGUUUGUGCGUCUGUUUAGGCAGAAACUCUUGCACAAUAUUAGCCUAGCAGCCAUCACCUGCACAUACAGAGCCAACUAUUCCCUUUUUAACAGUAGAACCAUGAUUUACUCCACAUCCAUUACACUAGUUUGUUUCCUAAAGAAAUUUGAAUUUUCGCCGUGCAAACCUUCGGCUCACACCGAACUUACCUUUCACGAUGAAGGUCACGUGUCAGAGGAUCAAUCUAUUUACAGCAGCAUGGGAGAGUGUUGGCAGGAAUCAAAGCAGUAUUAAUCUGACAGUAGGAAGUGAGCCUCAUGAGGAGAGCUAAUCUGAGAUUCUGCCUGUUUUAAACUUUAAACUUAAGUUACUGUAUAUUUAACGCCGUUUUCGACUCAUCAUUUUGUUAUAUGUUCAAAUAUUAAGGUCAUUGUGGCGAUGGAAAAACAAAAUGAGAUGUCAAAUAUAAUAACGUUCUUGGGAGCAGUGGUGGCAUGUGGGUAAAAAUAAGCAGGGGGUGUGAAGAGCUGGUGUUUAUUGUCAUGUGACACGAGAACUACAUUGAACUCAACACCGCUUGGUUCAAUUUGGGAUCAUAUUGUUACUCAGUUUUGACAAAAUAUAGAUGAUAAAUUUAAGUCUUUGAAGGAAGGAGUUGCUGGGAAGGUGAGCUGUACCGGGUCAAACCUGGAAUAUCUUUGGCAAAAUUAUUCAGGUCAAAUGAACCAGCUGUGCCAAUAUCAUUGUUCUCCUUGUUUUGCAUGAAAGGGCAGAAGCAUGUUAGACACCCUGUCGACAAACUUUCAUUUCAGUGUUGUGUUGUCUUUCAGAAAUCCACACCUUCAUUUACCGUGUUCUCAGUAAGGGGUUCAUCUUUAUGUUACACAAUCCUCUUCGAUGCUGGACGUUUUUUAAGUGUGCAAUAUCUCGGUGUUAUUUUUAACGCAGCUAUGUAAGAAGUGCAAAAGUCGGGUCCAGCUGUGUCCAGGUCAUCCACCUUGACCUGCUCUGUCAACCAGCGUCACAAUUCAGCACCACUUACAUCGUGCCUCUUGUCCCCCAGCGACGUAUUUAUCAUUAACAUAUUUAUUAGCUUGAGAGCCAGUGUAAAUAUCACAUCAGCAUAUGUACACUGCUUUUUAAGACAUGGGUGAACUUUGUUUGUUUAAAUGGGCGUCGGGGUUUGUGUAAACAAAGGUGUGUUUUAAAACUGACUGCAUGGUUUAUAAAGUAUUUUCUUUUCUACAAAAA